GCGGGCCCUUUCAGCGUCCGGGAGUCCGUUUCCCCUACCCCCAUCCCGCCCCCUUUAGCUUCCUGUAUCGCCUGCUCUUUAAUGAAACCAACGAGAGGACACCGCCUACGUCUAGAGCAGCCUGGUCAGGAGCUUAACUGAGGGGCCGUGGACGUGAGAGGAAAGCCGCGUAAGGCUGUGCUUCCCUGCCCUUGAGCCAUUCUAGACGCGGAAAAAUGCUUUCAGAAAGCAGUUCAUUUUUGAAGGGUGUGAUGCUUGGAAGCAUCUUCUGUGCCUUGAUCACUAUGCUAGGCCACAUUAGGAUUGGUCACGGAAACAGAACACACCAUCAUGAGCAUCACCACCUGCAAGCUCCUAACAAAGAAGAUAUCUUGAAAAUCUCAGAGGCUGAACGCAUGGAGCUUAGUAAGAGCUUCCAGGUAUACUGUAUUGUUCUUGUAAAACCCAAAGAUGUGAGUCUUUGGGCUGCAGUAAAGGAGACUUGGACCAAACACUGUGACAAAGCAGAGUUCUUCAGUUCUGAAAAUGUUAAAGUGUUUGAGUCAAUUAAUGUGGACACGAAUGACAUGUGGUUGAUGAUGAGGAAGGCUUACAAAUAUGCUUUUGAUAAAUACAGAGACCAGUACAACUGGUUCUUCCUUGCACGCCCCACUACUUUUGCUGUUAUUGAAAAUCUAAAAUAUUUUUUGUUAAAAAAGGAUCCAUCACAACCUUUCUAUCUAGGACACGCUGUAAAAUCUGGAGACCUUGAAUAUGUGAGUGUGGAUGGAGGAAUUGUCUUAAGCAUAGAAUCAAUGAAAAGACUCAACAGCCUUCUCAAUGUUCCUGAAAAGUGUCCUGAACAAGGAGGGAUGAUUUGGAAGAUAUCUGAAGAUAAGCAGCUAGCAGUCUGCCUGAAAUAUGCUGGAGUAUUUGCAGAAAAUGCAGAAGACGCCAAUGGAAAAGAUGUAUUUAAUACCAAAUCUGUUGGGCUUUUCAUUAAAGAGGCAAUGGCUAAUCACCCAAACCAGGUAGUUGAAGGAUGUUGUUCUGAUACGGCUGUUACUUUUAAUGGAUUGACUCCUAAUCAGAUGCAUGUGAUGAUGUAUGGGGUGUACCGGCUUAGGGCAUUUGGACAUAUUUUCAAUGAUGCAUUGGUUUUCUUACCUCCAAAUGGUUCUGAGAAUGACUGACAAAAAGCAAGAGCAUGCAUUUGGUAACCACAUUAAGACAUGUUAUCAUGGUUUCUAAUUGAUAAUGCAUCUAACACAGUAGUGUGUUUCUUUUUCUUAAUCUGGUUACGCUGGUAUAAUCACACAUUGAAGUCUACUUGUACUUUUUCAAAUGGAAUGGUAUUUUCCCCUUAAAUCACUUGUAAGAAAUUUUAAUGUGUUAGAAAUAAAUGUUUUAAGAAUAGCAAUUUUGCAAAUACAUAUUUAUAAAUAUUAUAUUUAUGUGAUGAAGACUAAAUUGUAGACAUUAAAAUCUGUGAUGUAUUGGUUUUAAAUUUUUAAUGUAUCUUUUUAUCAAAUAUAUGAAAAUGAGAUCUCUAGUGAAUUUGUGUUUAAAAUGAUACUUUUAGCCCUGUGUUUCCUUUACUUUUCUGUAGGGGUAGGAGCAGGGUCUUACAAUGUAGUCCAGGCUGGCCUAGAACUGGCAGUUCUCCUUAGCCUCCUGAGUGCUAGUGUUAAUGGUGUGUGCCACUAUACCCAGUUGUUUCCUUUACUUCGGAUGUAGAUUUGCACUCUAAGCCACAUCAAUGCCAAUGGGUUUACUCUCCUAAAAUAUACAACAAAGCAGUUAAAGAAGUGUUUGUUACCACUGUUAAAGCUUCAAUGCUAUCCUUAAGAGAAUGUGCAAAUUUUUAUGUAGGUUAAGUAAUAUUCCUCAAAGUUAAUUAUGUGGCAUUCCAGAGUGUUCAGUUUCCAUUAACUCUCUACUUCAGCAUUCAGAUCAUGCAUUUGGAAUGGAGGCUAUGAAAAUUGUAAUGUCGUUUAACUGUUUUCCCCCUUAAGUUCUGAGCUGCAGCUUGGAUUAAAUAUAUGACCUGUGAUUUAUUCAUGCCUACUGGACAGUGAGUUCCAUGCAGAUCUCCUUUGAAAAAACUUGUUUUUUCUCAUCUGGCUGAUUCACUUACCUAAGUUAAAUGUGGAGUUUUAUUGUUUAUUUUUGUUACUUGUACAAAUUCUGAAAUUUUCCCCAGAUUCAUGAUUGUAUCACACAUAACCGGUUUGGCUUUGUUUCCAUUUUGGGUGGGUAGGCACUAGCCUCACCAUCCAUGUUGGAUUACCAUAUUAUUUGCUUAAUCUCAAGUGAGUACCUAAAAUGUCCACCUAUUGUGGAUACAGUUAUUCCUGUCCUCUUAAAUGUGUAAUAUGCUUGGAUCUGGCCUGUCCUAUAAUAUGCUCUCUUCAGUUCAAUUCAUAAGCCCCUUUAGGACGUGAAACUAUUUUUAGAUACAGUAUUCCUUGUAAUUGGCCUCAUGACUCUAAUAAUCUCCUUCAGCUUUAGCAAAGCAGGAUGAAUUUCAGACUAUUGAUCCUCAUGCUAGUGUGUCAAGCCUUUGUUUUAAAUGCUGUCUGGCCUUCUUCCUUGGGAUUUUCAGUUAAGCUGAAGCAUUCUUAAUUUCAAAGAAUCAUAAAUCCUAUUUAAUAAGCACCCUAUUAUGUGGUUACAGAUGCAAUUUCUAAAAAUCAAGUUAUGUUCAAUGUGAGUAUAAUGAUUAAAAAUUCUGAGUAUGACUCAUUACCCCUAACACUAAUAUUUUUACAUUUGUUUUAUUGAGGGGGGGGUUACAUAAGUGCACAUGUAGAGGUCAGAGGGCAAAUUGUGAGAGUCAGUUCUCUCCUUCCACUAUGUGGGUCCUGGAGAUCAAACUUGUAUUAUCAGUCUUCACAAUAAGCACCUUUACCCACUAAGCCAUCUGUGUGGCUUUAUUUAAAAUUGUCUAUUUUAGGGACCUGAGAGAUAGCUCAGUGUUUAAGAGCACUUCCCAUCUUCCAGAGGACCCAAGUUAAGUUUCCAUUACCCAUAUUGGGUGGCUGACAACUACCUGUAACUCAGGGAUUCACCACCUUCUUUUGACCUCUGCAGACACUUGCACACACACAUGACAAAAGAAACACAUACACACAUAAAAUGUAACUUUUUUCUAUUUUUGUUGUGUCAAUUUGCCAGCACCAGUAUUUAAAUCUUUCAUCUUUGGGCUGGAGAGAUGGUUCAGCCAUUAAAGGCUAGGCUCAAAACUAAAAAUAUAAAAAUUUCAUCUUUAAUUACAUUGGCCUAUCAAAAUACUGAAAUUGCCAGGCCCUAGCACUCAGGAGGCAGAGGCAGGGGGAUCACUGUGAGUUCAAGGACAGCAUGGGCUAGGUAGUGAGUUCCAGGACAGCCAA